AUGCAGAACACGUCGCUUUGUGACAGCACUACCAAUCACAACAAAGACGGCAACUCGUCGGUGGAUGACGAUUGUGCAGACACGCCACGUUCCAAGCGCAAAAAAAAACAAACGGAGAGUGUUUCGAAGGAGGGCUACGUGCGUUGGCAGGCGGAAUCAAAUCAGUAG